CGGCCCGCCCCUGCGGCCGCUCUGGGCGCCCGCCCCGCUGCAGCCGGCGCGGCGGUGGCGGAGGCCGCGGCGGGCGGCGCUGCCUCGGGCCCGCUCCUGCUCCGGGCGGCGGCGGAAACAACUGAAAAUGUCUCAGAAUCCUGACAAGCCGCAUUCAAGCGAAGAAAAGUUGAGUGGUUUGGAGGAUGGUCAGGAGAGCUUGGACAACCCGGAUCAGUCAAUCAGAAAAAGAAUACGACAGAGUGCUCCAGGUUCAUACAGAGAUGAUACACCAAAGUCUAGCCCUCCUCGGCCUGUGUCGGUGGAAGAGCUAAUGGAAACAGCCAAGGGAGUAACCAACAUGGCACUAGCACAUGAAAUUGUUGUUAAUGGAGACUUCCAGAUCAAACCAGCUGAAUUACCAGAACACAGCUUGGAAAAAAAAGUAAGAGAUAUUGUGCAUAAAGCUUUCUGGGAUUGUCUGGAAGCUCAGCUAAAGGAGGAUCCACCAACAUAUGACCAUGCAAUUAAACUAUUGGGAGAAAUUAAAGAGAAUCUCCUGUCUUUCUUGUUGCCUGGCCAUACAAGACUAAGAAAUCAGAUUACAGAAGUUCUUGAUUUGGAUUUGAUAAAACAGGAGGCAGAGAAUGGGGCCCUGGACAUUUCUAAGUUGGUAGAAUUUGUUAUUGGAAUGAUGGGGACUCUCUGUGCUCCAGCUCGAGAUGAAGAAAUAAAGAAACUGAAAGAUAUUCAUGAAAUAGUUCCUCUGUUCAGAGCAAUUUUCUCUGUAUUAGACCUAAUGAAAAUGGAUAUGGCAAACUUCGCUGUCAGUAGUAUUAGGCCAAAAUUAAUGCAGCAGUCUGCUGAAUAUGAAAGAAAGAAGUUUCAGGAGUUUCUUGAGAAACAGCCAAAUUCUUUAGACCUUGUCACGAACUGGUUGCAAGAAGCAGCAGAUGAUCUUGCGAAGCUGAGAAGUAAUAAGUUACCUCCCCACGGUAGUGGUGAUGGUGCUGCUGGUGAAGCUUCUCCAUUGUGCUCCACUGCUGUACAAAAUCAAGCAUAUCUGAAGCUACUAAAGUGGGAUCACAUAAACAGGCCUUUCCCAGAAACAGUGCUAAUGGACCAGAGCCGCUUUCAGGAAAUACAGCUGGAACUGGAACAACUCCUCUUGACUGGGACUGUUCUUUUGGUCACGUUCAGUGCAGCAGGCUCAGCACUUGUUGAUAUUCCUGGAUUUGCUGAGAAAAUCAAAACCAUUGUCAAGGUGCUGCUGACAGGAAUGCAUCUUCCCUCCUUUAACCUGAAGGAAUCUUUGGCUACCAUUGGUGAAAAGGUGUGCGCUGAAGUCAACAGCUGCCUUUCCCAGCAUGGGUUCACACCAUUCACAGCUGAGAGAGAGACUGUACUUAAAGGACAAAUCCAAGCAGUGGCCAAUCCUGAUAACACCAUAUGUAAGCUAAUAGAUUCUCGAAUUCAAAAGUUUCUGGAGAAUUAUCUUGCAUCUAGUCACCAGAAAUCAUUACCCGCUAUUCCUGGAGGAUUAGGUCCUAUUCAAAGAGAGCUGGAAGAGAUUGCUGUCAAGUACGUCCGUCUGGUCAACUACAACAAAAUGGUCUUCAGCCCUUAUUAUGAUGCUGUUCUUGCCAAAAUACUGACUAAGGAAGAAUCCCAACUUGUAGGGAAGUCAAAAGAAUCAUAAACGCAGUUUGUGUGCUACGAAUACAGUAUUAAAUUUGUCAGCUAUUUAAAAAAAUGCACCAAUAUUUGUCUAGGAAAACAGCUUUUCAUGUAGACACCAGUUCCUUUUAACUCACUAGUGAUGACUAAUGAGGAAGAUCAAUGAAUUGCGAUAAGGGUUCUGAAGGAAAUGAUGAAAGAGAGAUGCAUUUUUAAUGUAAGUUUGCAACGUUGAGAGAGGGAAUGUCCUGGUAGUUUUCUGGCUGCAAUUUUUAGAUUUUUGAGUGGGUGCUAGGUAGGGUAAGUUUAAGAACCAAACUUUGUUUUUAAGUGGAUCAUUUUAAGGCUUUUUACUCUAAUUUAUCAUGAAUUUCUUUUAAUUCAUUCAGAGAUUAACAGUGGUCCUUCCCUCCAGAGGUAAUUUGGCUUUAAAAAGAUCUUACUUUAGAGACUUAAGAAGUAAGCUAAAAUUGUAGAUAGGAGAAACUUUAACAGGCAGAAAACAAAGCCAAACAGCACUUUACUGUAACAUUAUGGUUAGUAUGGUAGACUACUAGUUUUUUCUGCAUUUUUGAUAGCAUUUUUUUGCUGUUUACCUUCAGAUGUUACAAAACACGAUAUAUUUUUGUAGCAAAUUUUCUGGUUAUUGGGUAACUGUCCUCUGCUUUGUACAGUACUUACAAAGGUGGCAAUCUUAUAGAUUGCAGCUGUUAUUUAUCUCUUGUAAAGUCUUCAGAAAGGCAGAGCUAAAAUGUUUUGAUAAAAGUGGCAUUUCUUACCUUUUUUUUGCAAGUAGUUUACUCCUUUUUAUGUGAAAUAGUACUUUUAAAGUAAAUCUUUGUCAUUUUCAGAAGGUGGAUUUUAAGUGUGUGAAACUUUAGGCUGAAAAUUUUACUUGUUUUAUAAAACUACAACUUGAGAUGGUUGCAUAUUCAAUCAUGUUUUUGAAACUAUCCAGGAAGUGCAGAGCACUCUCAGAUGUGUGCAUGAAUUUAAAUUUACAGUGGGAAGUGAAUUAUUUAGUGUUAGUUUGAAUACACAGGGAAUAUUUUCAAUAUUUUUUUUUCACUUUAUAGGGGUGUUCUUGAAACUUGAAAUAUUUUUAGAUAUUGAAUUUAAUUAGUUACAUGUUGUAUAGAUGAUUGUUCACAGAAGAGCUCAGUGAUCUUACAGCCUUAUUGCAAUUUCAAACUCAGCUAGGAGGUAAGUACCUUUUGAAGUUUUCCUCUAGUUAUUGGGCAUAACACUGUAUUACAGUAAUCAAAAUUUGAUGAAUUAAUGAAAACAAAGUUCAUAAUUAAUAAGAGCAAGUGUCCUAAAUGCUAGACUGUAUCCAAAAUAGAAUGUGUGUUCUUCUUUAAAUACAUAUAUAGAUAUGUAAAAUAAAUAAAUGGCCCUUCUACUGCUAA